AAAACUUCCAGAAGGUGGAGCUGCCAUGAUAGCUGAGCACGCAAUUUUUCAACUAUUCAGGGAGACCGUUCAGGGACCCACACCUUUAAACGGACGCCGUGGCUGUUGAAGAUGUGGCUGUGGACUUUUCCCAGGAAGAGUGGGCCUUGCUGGAUCGUUCUCAGAGGAAACUCUACAGACACGUGAUGAUGGAAACUUUCAGAAACCUGGCCUCAGUGGUUGCACAAGACCUUGAUAAUGGAGAAAAGAUGUCCACUGAAAAUACAGUAGUACAAUUCCUGAAAAGUGGCUCCUGGUCCUCCUUGGUAGGAGAAACAUGUGAAAUUCAUGUCAGUAAAGAUCCGGGUAACAAGCAGAACACUUGUGAGAGAAGACAUAUUGAACAGAAUGUCCGUGCAAUUAAGAAGGAGAAUCAGUGUGGAGAGACCUGCAGCUGGAUUCCAGAUCUUCACAUGCUCCAAAGAACUUUUAAUGAACCGUGUCCUUCGGUGUCCCUCCUCUGUGGGUCGUCCUCCAUGACACCACCAUCACUACUUAGGCGUCAGGCGAGCUUUCACUCUGAAUGUGACUCCUCUCCGGGCGGAGAACACGGAGAGGACUGCACUUGUCCCCCUCACUCCCGCGGUCCUGUGCGAACGCUGCCUGCAGUGAAGCCUAAGGAAUGUAAGGACUAUGGAAACACCUGUGGCAAAUCCUCGGGGGUCCCUGGACCUUUAAGACGGCACCGAGAAAAGAGGCCUUUCGAUUGUAAGGAAUGUGGCAAAGUGUUUCGUCUUGUUUCCCGCUUGCGCAGGCACAUGAGAAAUCACAGUGGAGAGAAGCCUUAUGAAUGUCAGGUCUGUGGGAAAACAUUUAGUUUUUCUUCAUACCUCAAUAGCCAUAAAAAGAUUCACAGCGGAGUGAGGCCUUACGAAUGUAAGGUCUGUGGGAAAAGAUUUAUUUCAUCCUCCCACCUCCGUAGACACAGAAGAGUUCACAGUGGAGUGAGGCCUUAUGAAUGUAAGGUCUGUGGGAAAACUUUUAGUUGGUCGUCAUGCCUCAAAACACAUGAAAGAAUCCACAGUGGAGAGAGUCCUUAUGAAUGUAAGGUCUGUGGGAAAAGAUUUAUUUGGUUCUCAUCCCUCAAAAAACACAAAAGUAUUCACAGUGGAGAGCUUUUUGAAUGUAAGGUAUGUGGGAAAGAAUUUAUUCAGUCUGCCCACCUCCUUAGACAUGUAAGGGUUCACACUGGAGAGAAGCCUUAUGAAUGUAAGGUGUGUAGGAAAAGAUUCAUUUGGUUCUCCUCCCUCAAAAAACACAAGAGACUUCACAGUGGAGAGAAGCUUUUUGAAUGUAAGGUAUGUGGGAAAGCAUUUAUUCAAUCCUCCCACCUCCUUAGACAUACAAGUGUUCACAAUGAGGAGAAGCCCUAUGAAUGUAAGGUAUGUGGGAAAGCAUUUAAUCAUUCCUCCUACCUCAUUACACAUAUAAGGGUUCACACUGGAGAGAAGCCUUAUGAAUGUAAGGUAUGUGGGAAAGCAUUUAUUCGAUCCUCCCACCUCCUUAGACAUGUAAGGGUUCAUACUGGAGAGAAGCCCUAUGAAUGUAAGGUAUGUGGGAAAACAUUUAAUCAGUCUUCGCAUCUUCUUAUACAUACAAGGGUUCACACUGGAGAGAAGCCUUAUGAAUGUAAGGUAUGUGGGAAAGCAUUUGUUCGAUCCUCUGGCCUCUUUACACAUGCAAGGGUUCACACUGGAGAGAAGCCCUAUAAAUGUAAGGUAUGUGGGAAAGCAUUUAAUCAAUCCUCCCACCUCAGUAAACAUUUAAGGAUACAUAAUGGAUAGAAGACAUUUGAAUGUAAGAAAUAUUUCAAAACCUUUAGUCAUGCCUCAACCCUUAUUCAAAAUAGAACUCAAUAAAGAGGCCUUAUGAAUGUAGGGAGUGUGGCAAAGGUUUUAAUUACUACUCAUCCUCACCAACAUAAGAUAAUUCACUGUGGCAAGAAGCCUGUUGAAUGUCAGGAAUGUGGCAAAGCCUUUGCUUCUUCCUCACAUAGCAUUUCUCACAGUGGAGAGAGGCCUUAUGAAUGUAAGCUAUGUGGGAAACCAUUUACUCGGUCCCUGGGGGGAACCAGCCUCCUUACAACCAAAUGGGUCCGAGGCACAGUUGUGCAAUUGAGGGGUAAAUUAAAGGGAUAGCAGACCAGAUAAAGCAUGCAAAUGCUCACCUUCUCUGUCAUGACUUCCUGAGCCGUGUCCCAGAAGAAAGAGCAUCAUGUAAUCUUAUGACCUUAUAUAAUCUCAGGCACACAGAUCACAGUAAGGACCUACGUUAACAGAAAGGGGUUGUAAAGUAUGCAUAUGCAUAACAGAAGAGGGAAGAGUCGGGUGUAUAUCCAAUAUGAAGGGGAGGCACUAGAGGUAUACAUGUGACAGGAAGCCACACAAGUAACAAGAUGGGUGGGCUCCACAGUCCAGA